AUGUCAUCCUCACCAAGCCAAACCUCCGGCUCCGGCGACGCCAGCAAGGCCACACCCUCAGCAGCAGCAGUAAACGCAGACGACAAGCCGCGGCUCACAGAAGAAGAGAAGAAGCAGAACCACAUUGCAUCAGAACAAAAGCGCCGUCAAGCCAUUCGCGAGGGCUUCGAUCGGCUCACUGAACUCGUGCCUGGUUUGGAGGGACAAGGUCGCUCCGAGGGACUGGUUCUGAAGCGCACCGUGGAUUACAUGCGCGACCAGAUUGUGCAGAGGCAGGCCUUGAUUGAGCGUAUCGAGCAGGCAGGCGGCAGCGUUGAUCCCAAGUACAAAAACUUUGGGGUGAAAGUCGAGGAUCGAGCGAGACGAGGCCGCAAAGCCAACGCGAAGCCAGCAUAA